UUAACAUAAGGUUGGUCAUUGGCUGAUAUGAGAUUAUUUCACCAGGAUGUCUUUAGUGUGUACAAUUAUUGUGUUAUUCCUAGAGUAGAACCAACUUGCCUUUAAUGUUCUUUAUGCUCGUAUAUUUUUCGCCUUGAAAGAGUCAAUAAAUCGAUCCUUCCAGGUAAAACAAAAAAAAAAAGACGCUUUUAGCCAUAAACAGAAAUUGCGUGUUUUUUUUUUUUUUUUUUUUUUUUUUUUUUUUUUUUUACAUUGUUAAACAUAAAAUAACUUUCUUUAUUAUUUAGUAUAGCAUAUUAUGAGAUAUGGAUGUAGAGUAUAAUGAAAAAAUGCACAGCUAGGGUAUAAUUUUAUUAGAAGAAUGUAUUUCCAUAGUUUAAAAGAGGAAUGUGCAAUCAUAGUUAAAUAAAGGCAUGGUUCAAUGGGGCGAUGGUACAGCAAUAUUCCAAUAUGGGAAUGUACAGCCAUAGGUUAAUAUAGGAAUGUACAUAAAUUGUUCAAUAGAGGCAAGAACAUCCAUGUUAAAACGCAUAUAAAUCAGUGGUUCUCAACAUUUCUAAUGCCGCGACCCUCAUGUUGUGGCGACCCCCCGAAGAGAAAAUUAUUUUCCUGGCUACUUCAUAGCUGUAAUUUUUCUUCUGUUAUGAAUCGUAAUGUAAAUAUAUGAUAUGCAGGAUGUAUUUUCAUUGUGACAAAUUAAACAUAAUUAACGGAUAUUGAUUAAUCACAAAAUAAAUAGGUAGUUAUAUAUUGUGAAAUAUUUAUUUUUAAUUACAAAUAAAUGCAAUUUUUGUCUUGAAGCAUGGUGUAACAUGUGUAACUGUCUUAAUUUAACAACAGUAAACUAGAUUGCUACAUUUUGAGACAGUAUGCGUAAAAAGCCAACGUCAGUGCGAAGGUUGAGGUUGUUUUUUUCUUGCCAGAACAGAAAUUCUCGGGUCAGUCUUUGCAAGAGCACCACGAAGAUGAUCUUCCACAACAAGUCUACUUCUGUAUUUAGACUUGAUAACCAACAAGCUGGAAAACCCUGUUUCACAAAGAAGUGUUGUUGGAAAUGAAAGAAGUUGGUGCAACACAGUCUCAGACAGAACUGGAUAUGACUGCAAACACUUGAUCCAGAAUUUUGUAACUGGCAUUGUAGAGAAAUCAGUUUUCGCUUCAUAGCUGUUAAUAAGUACAAUGAACUCAUCUUGUGUUGACUCAGGAAUAUCUUCAACUUUGACUGUGAAUGGACUUCUGGCAAGUCCAAAUGGGGUGUCAGGUAGAUUUGGAAAGUAAGAUGAAAUUUCGUAUGUAAGCAUGUGCAAGUCUUCCUUCGCAGAAUUAUCAUCGUAAUCCAUUUGUCUGGUUCAAUGUCAUGUUCUUCAAAGAAACCAAGCUGUAUAGGCAACAUGUAAAUUUUAUUUUGCCAAAGCUGAAAUUAAAAUUAAAAUGAUCGCACAUUUUCAGACAAAUCGAGGGAUGUUGCUUUGGUCCUUGCAGCGAUAACUUUAACUCAUUCAAGAUGGUAAAGAUGUCAACCAAGUCAGCUAUUUUCUUUAGUUCACUUUUAUCACUAAAAAGUACUUUGAACUGCGGUCUUGCUUUCUGAUUGAAAAAAUUUUUGUGUUCAUCCCGAAGGUCAAAAAAACGUUUUAAAACGUGUCCUUUGGACAACCAUCUGACUCCAGUAUGAAAUAGCAAAGCGUUGUUCCGUGCAUAAACUCGUUACACAGUUGCGAAAGCAGACGACUGUUUAAGGUGCUCGCCUUUACAAAAAUUAACAGAACUGAUGACGCUUUUCGUUAUCUCUUGUAACUCUUGUGGCAGCGUCUUCGUUGCUAAUAUUUGCCGAUGAAUCAUACGGUGAGUUCUGAUGACUUUUGGUGGCUCAUUCAGUACCAAAUGUUAAAAUCCAGAUAUGCAUCCUAGUAUAGCUAGGGCACCAUCUGUUCAAACACCACACACUUUGUCCAAACAGAUCGUGUGGUAGAAAUCCUAGCGCAGCUGGAGCCACAUCAGGGCAAACACCAAAACAUCCUCUUCCAAAGAGAUCUUAUGAUCUUUCAGAAAUAAACCCAACUGUGUCAAAUACAUCACGUGCAGUGGUUGUCGUUUCAAGAGGUUUGCACCCAGCUUUAAAUUCGCCAUCAUCGAACAUAAUACCUCACGUAAACUACUAACUGAGAAUAGUUUUCAGCGUCUCUUGUUUCAUCUAGCUGGAUAUUGAUGGUGACGCAGAUUGAAUUUCCUGGAUGACCUGAUCAAGAAUGUCAACAGACAUGUCAUCUCCUCUCCUGAGGACAGUGCCGUUAGAUAAGGAAAUUGCACUCGGUUUCCAAACAAAUUCGCGCGACCCCACAUGUUGAGAACCGCUGGUGUACGUGCAUGCAUAUAAACGUACAUUUGUACAUACACCCCAGGGUUCAACACUCAUUGUAUCAGAAAUGUUUAGCAAAUGUAUAUAUAUUAUAAACAUACAGUUAUUGGAUAAAAAUUUUUAAAGCUGUUAUUAUUAUUUUACAGUCUUUCGACGAAUAUAAAAUGUAGACAUUGUAUUAAUAUUUAGAAAUUAUAAAAUAUUAUUUAAAGACAAUAUAAAAUAUUAAUAUACAGCCAAUAUAAAAAUUAAUGUAAAGACGUUAUAAGAUAUUAAUGUAUAGACACUUUACAAUAUUAAUUUAAAAACAUUAUAAUACGAAUUUUGUAUUCUUUAGAAAAUAUUAAUUAAAGACAUUAUACAAUAUUAAUUUAAAAACAUUAUAAAUAUGUAUAAAAAAGCCAUUAGAAAAUAUUAAUGUAAAGACAAUAUUAAUUGUCAUUACAAAGCCAUUAAUCAAAUAUUAAUUUAAAAUUAUUAUAAAAUUAAUGUAAAAAUUUUGUAAAUAUUAAUUAAACGACUUGAUAAAAUGUUAAUGUAAAGCUAUGUCUGUGAUGUUAACGUACAUUUUUUAAAAAUAGAUUUCCUAUCACAAAUAAUGUAAAUAAAGCUGUCGUAGAUCUGUGUUUGAGCUGUAUUUGAGCUGUAUUUAAGCUGUAUUUGAGGUGCAUUUGAGGUGUAUUUGAGCUGUAUUUGAGCUGUAUUUGAGCUGUAUUUGAGCUGUAUUUGAGCUGUAUUUGAGCUGUAUUUGAGCUGUAUUAGAGCUGUAUUGGAGCUGCAUUGGAGCUGUAUUUGAGCUGUAUAUUAUUAAUGUUCCCGUUUCUCAAUCCUUUGACAGCCGGGAUGUCCUCAAUGAAAUUGGUCCUGGUCCUUGUGUUGUUCUGCUCAGCAGGACAUGUUUCAGGCAAGUCUGGGAUUAAUUUAUGCACUAGUGUCAGUUUUAGUUGAAAAGAAUAUCCCCAUGACAUCCACAUAUUUCUCUUUUUGUAACGACUUAACAUAAUUUAUACAUAUAUAUAUAGAUAGAUAGAUAUAGAUAUAGAUAUAGAUAUAGAUAUAGAUAUAGAUAUAGAUAUAGAUAUAGAUAUAGAUAUAGAUAUAGAUAUAGAUAUAGAUAUAGAUAUAGAUAUAGAUAUAUAGAUAUAUGUUUAAACCUACUCUUAGAGGCUGUUAAUCAAUAACAUAAGAAUAUAAUGGCACGUCACGUGAUUUCACGGCAUGUGAACUCAUUGAUCUAUCCGACAGUACCAGAGGCCGUCACUAGCGUCUAUUUUAACCUUCGACUUCUCUCUAAUGACAUCUAAUGUUACUCCAGUCUUUUGAUUCAAGCUUCAACAUAACUUGUUUUACUAUUUCAUUAAUGUAUCCAACAUUGCUGAGCAAUGUAUACUCAUUGAUAUAUCCGGCAUUGCUUAGAUUACUUCAUCUUUACGUCUUAGAGUUAUUAGAAUAAUUGAUUAAUUUUUUUUUUACACAUUAGUGUUUUGAUUUCUAUAAUAAAUGGAUUUGUGUAAAAAGAAAUGGGACUGUAAGAUGAAAUGCCAUUGCCACAUGACAUUUCAACACGAGGCUUGACAGCCCAGAUGACCUGCCAAUCGUUCAUUAAAUUAUGCUUCAUUUGUAAGGAAAAAUGGCGGAAACUCAAAUUCGCCCUGGGCUUGGACAAAUGUAGCUACGCCACUUGCUUAAGUCUUGUGUUAAACAUAUUUAGUUUUGGUUUAUGCUUACAUUUUGACCCAAUCGACCGUGACUUUCCCCACAAAACAGACUCGAUUAUGUGCUUCCAGUGUGCCUCAACUGGUCCUGAGGAUAAGUGUAUAUGGGACACUGAAGGGCUCAUCAACUCCUCGUUAGGCAUCAGCCAUGGCUACGACAAGGAUUGUAACGAUGCUUACGAAGCAUGGGACAGGUGUAUGAUAGAAAGCGUUGAAUAUCAAGGUGAGGACAGGUGUAUGAUAGAAAAUGUUGCAUAUAUAUGUGAUAUAUUUCAUUACUUCAUACUUUUGACUAAAUUAAAAUCAAUGAUUAAUAUCAUUUAGUUAUUUCAUGAGUGUACUCAAGAAAAAUACCUACAAGUCUAUAAGACUUCCAAACAGAAAAAGGGACCGUUGGCUAAGCAAUGUACUAAGGACCCUUAUUCCUCUCUAACGUAUUGAAGCGAUGUUAGGAAAAAUUAUUUGCCCAAGAAUAUCCUAAUUGUUAUGGCGAGUGUUUCAGAAUGUCCUAUUGUCAGGGCCAGUGUUUCGGAAUGUCCAAUGUGUUAAGGCCAGUGUUUCGGAAUGUCCAAUGUGUUAAGGCCAGUGUUUCAGCAUGUCCUAAAUGUUAUGGCUAGUGUAUCAGAAUGUCCUAAAUGUUAUGGCUAGUGUAUCAGAAUGUCCUAUAUGUUAUGGCGAGUGUUUCAGAAUGUCCUAUAUGUUAUGGCGAGUGUUUCAGAAUGUCCUAAAUGUUAUGGCGAGUGUUUCAGAAUGUCCUAAAUGUUAUGGCGAGUGUAUCAGAAUGUCCUAUAUGUUAUGGCGAGUGUUUCAGAAUGUCCUAAAUGUUAUGGCUAGUGUAUCAGAAUGUCCUAAAUGUUAUGGCUAGUGUAUCAGAAUGUCCUAUAUGUUAUGGCGAGUGUUUCAGAAUGUCCUAAAUGUUAUGGCGAGUGUUUCAGAAUGUCCUAUAUGUUAUGGCGAGUGUAUCAGAAUGUCCUAAAUGUUAUGGCGAGUGUUUCAGAAUGUCCUAAAUGUUAUGGCUAGUGUAUCAGAAUGUCCUAAAUGUUAUGGCUAGUGUAUCAGAAUGUCCUAUAUGUUAUGGCGAGUGUUUCAGAAUGUCCUAAAUGUUAUGGCGAGUGUUUCAGAAUGUCCUAAAUGUUAUGGCGAGUGUUUCAGAAUGUUCUAUGUGUUAUAACCAGUGUUUUUGAAUGUCCUAUGUGUUAUAACCAGUGUUUUUUAAUGCCCAAUGUGUUAUAACCAGUGUUUUUGAAUGUCCUAUGUGUAAUAACCAGUGUUUUUGAAUGUCCUAUGUGUUAUAACUAGUGUUUCAAACAAUUUUUUGUAGAUGUGUGGCUCAGGCGGUGGGAGGUGGGGGAGAGAACAGGGCGUCUAUCAGUUGCUCAGGUUAUAUAUCAGUCAGCCAGGGUAUCUAUCAGCAGCUCAGGGCAUCCAUUAGUCGCUCAGGUCAUCCAUCAGUCGCUCAGGACAUUGAUCAAUCACCCAAGGCAUCCAUCAGUCAUCCAGGGCACCCAUCAGUCUAUCAGGGCAUCCAUCAGUCAUCCAGGGCGACCAUCAGUCACCCAAGGCGUCCAUCAGUCGAUCAGUGCAUCCAUCCAUCAGUCACCCAGGUCGACCAUCAGUCAUCCAGGGCGUCCAUAAGUCACCCAGGGCGUCCAUCAGUCAUCCAGGGCGUCCAUCAGUCGUUCAGGGCAUACAUAAGUCACUCAGGUCAUCUAUCAAUCGCUCGGGGCAUCUAUCAGUGACCCAGGGCAGCUCUCUAUUGCUCAUGGCAUCUCUCAUUUGCUCAGGGCAUCUAUCAGUUGCUUAGGGCAUCUCUCAGUUGCUCAGGACGUCCAUCAGUCGCUCAGGGCAUCUAUCAGUCCCUCAGGGCAUCUAUCAGUUGCUCAGGGCAUCUCUCAUUGUCUCAGGACAUCGCUCAGUUGCUCAGGGCAUCCAUCAGUCGUUCAGGGCAUCUAUCAGUCGCGCAGGGCAACUAUCAGUUGCUCAGGGCGUCCAUCAUUCACUCAGGGCGUCCAUAAUUCACUCAGGGCGUCCAUCAGUCACCCAGGGCGUUCAUCAGUCGCUCAGGGCAUCCAUCAGUCGCUCAGUACUUCUAUCAGUGACCAAGAACUUCUCUCAGUUGCUCAGGGCAUCUAUGAGUUACUCAGGGUAUCUAUCAGUUGCUCAGGGCAUCUAUGAGUUACUCAGGGUAUCUAUCAGUUUCUCAGGGCAUCUAUGAGUUACUCAGGGCAUCUAUGAGUUAAUCAGGGCAUCUAUCAGUUGCUCAGGGCAUCUAUGAGUUGCUCAGGGCAUCUAUGAGUUACUCAGGGUAUCUAUCAGUUGCUCAGGGCAUCUAUGAGUUACUCAGGGCAUCUAUCAGUUACUCAGGGCAUCUAUGAGUUACUCAGGGUAUCUAUCAGUUGCUCAGGGCAUCUAUCAGUUGCUCAGGGCAUCUAUCAGUUACUCAGGGCAUCUAUCAAUCAACCAGGGCGAUCUCUGACUCUAUCGCCACCGCCAAACAUAAACAUAACUUCCUUCGGAUUUCGUCAACCCCUUAAGGUACGCCUUUUGCCCCACCUUAGUUACGCCUCUUGAAUUUGUAUAGUUCAACUAAUGUUAACUAACAGGGCUGCAACACCAAGAAAAUUACCUACGACAGACAGAACCGUCGUCCUUAGGCAAAGUAAUCAAUAUAUGGGUAGUUGGAUAGAGGGACGUAUGGAUAGAUAAAUAGAUGGAUGGAAAGAUGGAUGGAUGGAUAGAUGGAUGGAUGGAUAGAUGUAUGGACGGAUAGAUAGAUGGAUGGAUGGAUUGAUUGAUUGAUGGAUGGAUAGAUGGAUAAAUAGCUAGGCAGAUUUUGAACACAGUAAACGGUAGAUCGUAGCAAACCUUCUUUGCAUGAGGGUAACAUCUCCCAGGAGAUAAAACUUUAACGUGCCUUAUAAACAAACUAGUUAACGAUGACUUGCGACAGAAGAUUAUGACACCUUUAUACAUGUAUUAGUGAAAUAUGUUUUGGGUUAGAAUGUUAAUUUUGUAACAAUUUAUUUAACCUUGCGAUAAGUUUGUUUCCAUUUUUUUAAUUGUAUUUCACUAACUCAAAUAGCAUGCAUAAAAAUAAAUACAUUUUGUAUAAUCAAUUAAUUAAAGGCCUUUUCUCCCCUUCUCUGUAGCGAAGUACGGGUAUAUUUACUAGUACCGUAUAAAGGGAAUUGAAAUUUGUCUGAUCCCAUGGACGCUAUGUAUCUUUAUCUCCAGAGAAAGUGACCGUGUUCCAUCGAGGUUGCCACGACGGCAAAAACUUUCCCCUCCAUUUCAACAACUCCCGCUUCAUCAACGUCGCCCCGGACAACGCCACCACCUGUGCGUACGUCACCGCGGUGAAGAAGCUCGUCUGCUACACGUUCUGCAUGACCGACUUCUGCAACGGGCCUCAACCGGAAGUCAAGAAGCCGUGCAGGAAUGUCACAGAGUACUACUACGACUCGUACUACGACGUGGACCUCAGCGAGGAGUACGAGAUUUGUGGCGCCCUGGGGCAGCGUGGGGUCAGUGCGUGGUUGCACGCCCUCGCCGUGAUUGUCUGCGUGUUCUCUGUGACAUAUAUGCUGUAGAUCGCAAGUGGCUUUAUUUAAAACAUCUUGGUUUAAGGAGCUGACAGUUGAAAAAAAAAAGAUGAAUGAAAGGGAGGUAGAAUGAUGGACGAUAAGGUGAGAGAAUGCUGGAUGACCAGGUGUGAGAAUGGUGGAUGACCAGGUGAAAGAAUUGCGGAUGACCAGGUGAGAGAAUGGUGGAUGACCAGGUGAGAGAAUGGUGGAUGACCAGGUGAGAGAAUGGUGGAUGACCAGGUGAGAGAAUGCUGGAUGACCAGGUGUGAGAAUGGUGGAUGACCAGGUGAAAGAAUUGCGGAUGACCAGGUGAGAGAAUGGUGGAUGACCAGGUGAGAGAAUGGUGGAUGACCAGGUGAGAGAAUGGUGGAUGAACAGGUGAGAGAAUGGUGGAUGACCAGGUGAGAGAAUGGUGGAUAAAAGGGCUGUAGAAUGGUGUAUAUAUAAAUAUAUCAUGGUGAGUGAAUAAGGGAUGAUCAGGCAAAGAAAAUUAUGGAUGACCAGUUGAGAGAAUGACAGAUGUGAGAAGGGUGGACUGUUAGGUGAGGAAUUUACAUGUGAGAUAAUAGUUGACGGCCAGGUGAGAGAAUGUAGGAUGGUCCUGUAGUUAUGUGACAGAAGGAUGGACCAUCCUCACCUGAAGAACUCUUCCUCUAAGCCAGUUGUAAAAAAUCAAACAAUUAUACAUGGUUUGAACUGUUGCAGUGGCGUAGCUAGGGUUGGUGUCAUCGGUGCGGUAAACCAAUGACUGUCCCUCCCCCGACUUCCACGAUGAAUUUCUUCUUGUUAAAAUAAGGCCACAGUAUAACAAUGACAAGAGCAAAAAAAAAUUAUGUGAAGGUCAGGUGAUAAAUGUGUUUAAGAACCGUAACAAGUGCUUAGGAUUGCAGAUUGGCAUCAAUGGAAAGCUGUAUUUCUCAGGAUGUACAUAAAUAAAGCUUCCUGUUACGAAAGUUACUGUACACUUCAAUCGGCGUUGAAUCAUGAUCAAAGUGGUGUUUUUCUGACCAAAUAAUAGGUCACCUCAUUUCUGACGCAUCGACCUUGAACUUUUAGUCAAGCACGCACGUGGAUUGGUUGCAUGUGUGGUAAAUUUAUGAAUGAUCGGUUAUCCUGUUUUCAAACGGUUGGACCAAGCAGUGUGUGUUCUGUAAAUAUGCAAUUUUUCAAUUUGGUGUCAGCCCCCAUGAGAUGGUGUCACCCGGUGCGGUUUGCAAACACCUCCCCCCCCCCCCUUGAACCCCUUAGCUACGCCACUGUGUACUACCUACUACUCUUUUAAUCAUAUUUGACUUAUCAAAAUGAAAACGCCACAUCUCCCAUCUAGCCUCUGACAAAGUAAUAUCAGAUCUUACAUAUUUAUCAUAUGUGUAACAAUAAGCUCACAAUCGUAACGUGUACAAAACUGACCCCCCCCCCACACACACACACAAAAUGAGUUAAUGCAAGCUAUCAACAUUAUAGUUUCAUAUCAAGAUUUAACUGUUCGGUAAAUUAAAUGAUUUGUCUUCUAGCGUGUAAAAUACGGAAGGAUGCUUUUUUUUUUACAAUUUUUGAUUUUCUGUGUUUAGAGCAACGAUAAGCGUAAGACAUUUGUGUACAAUUUUUAUCAUAUUCAAAUUGUGAGCUUUCCAUUACAUAUAGCAUAUUUUCUGUUAAAAAAUAUCCUUAUUAUUUAUAAAAGUAUCUGUUUCAUUUACAUCGUAAUAUUUAUGCUAUUUUUGUUUUCAUGUUUCUAUAUUUUUCAACUAAUGUAUUACAUAAGUGAUUUCCCUUUCCAUAUUAUCUCAUAUGUGUAUUUCACUUCAGCAUUCAAAUGUGUAUAUCCUUCAAUUAUGUCAUCGGUGUUUCUCUCAGACAAUUUUAUUCGCGGAGGUGGUCGGGGUGGCAUUUAAUUUUUUCUGAUUGUGCUAUGGAUCUGGUCAGAGGCGCAGCAAAGGGGGAGGGGGGCAUGGGGUAAAAAAUGUCCCCGGGUGCCAGACUAGCGGGACCGCUAAAAAGGGCGUUGAUGGUAUUCAACGGGUGAAGAUAAAAGGUUUAAUAGGGGGUGGCGUAAAAUUGAAGCUUGUCAUCUGGUUCCAAACACUCUAGAUACGCCUCUGCCAGUGGAAAUUUAAAAAAAAAAAUUAUCUUUAUCUUUUUUAUUUUUUUUGAGGGGGUGGUGUGGUUGUUUUGGUGCUCCGCUGAGCUGUUAUUUACUUAAUAUGGAGGAGAUACGGCUUUUUCACAAAACUGUUGAGUCAUUAUUGGCAUUGAAUGUAGGGUGGCAAAAUCUUGGCCGUCUCAGGGCGGCACUUAGACUAGACACGCCCCAAGAGAAGACUUGCCAUCCAAAACGAGUCUAAGCAAGUCAAAAAAAAAAAUAAUCAAAACAAAAUAUAUAAUUAAGUUUAGGCUACAUUCAAAUCGAAUACUUUGGCUACAGAGAGUGGUCAUCUGUAUUUCCGAAAGUCUUUCUUGCUUUAAUGCAGUUUAAUAAAACGUAAAUUCUUUUUUUUUAUUGCGUUUCAACUCGACUGUAUUAGAAAAUAUAUAUUUUUUGUUUUUUUUCUUUAGGAGAAUGAAUUCAAAAGUUAUAGAAUUUCCAAUUUAGUUAAUAUAGGGCGAUACAUUUUCGUUUUCCUGUUGUACACAAUUUUCUCCGGGGGGAGGGGGGGGGUCUUUGAAUUUCUCCAGGAGACCAUUGCUCCCCCCCCCCCCCCCCAUUUUUUUUUUUUUUUCUUUAGGAAAAUGAAUUAAAAAUUUAUAGAUUUUCCAAUUUAGUUAAUAUAGGGCGAUACAUUUUCGUUUUCCUGUUGUACACAAUUUUCUCCGGGGGGAGGGGGGGGGUCUUUGAAUUUCUCCAGGAGACCAUUGCUCCCCUCCCCCCACCCCGUUUCCUUGGGAGAAAUGCCUGAAAUAAAAACCGUUUAUCAUUAAGAUCGAUCACUUCUGUCUUUAAUUUCUCGAACAUUCAUUUUAUAUACUCCCAAAUAAACAAAAAAUGUAUACAUAAUUUGCCAAUGUAGAUGUCUUACGCUCGGAUUCUAAAGACAAUGGUUGUGAUUUUAUAUUAUACUAGGGAAAUCGAAGUUAAAUUGAAUCUGAUCAAAUAUAUAUGCAUUGCAUUUAUGCAAUGAUGUGUAAUCUUUAUUAACAUGUAUUAUAUUUUAUACAUUAGCAAUAAAUUUAAUGUAGACAU